AUGAGGAAUUUUUUCACGUUAUUUUUUGCAGCUAUAUUUUCGCUAGGAGCACUUAUAUUAGCCAUUGUUGCAUGCGCAGGAUCAACGAAAAAUUACAGUCCCAUAAAUAAAAUUUACUGUGCAGAAUUGGAUCUGUCGCAGAUGAAGGUAUCGACGGUGCUCCCUUCUUUGAGUUCUGCUACGCUAUCUUCGUUGGGCCUGCCCUCAUAUAUAAAUAUAGGGCUUUGGUCGUACUGUACAGUGGACUCCUCGCAUAACAUCCAAUCAUGUUCUUCGCCUCACGGUAUCCAGAAUUUUAACCUAUCGUCAUUAGUGUAUGACAAUAUCAACAACAAUGAGGCUCUGGAGCUUAUGGAUUCCGUGGCCAGUGUUGUUUUGCCCGAAAAACUAAAAAGUAAAAUGACAUACUACAACAAUUUGGUCAAGUGUAUGUUCAUUACCAUUCUUAUUGGUAUUGUCUUGACCUUUGUGAAUCUAGUGUUCAACGUAUUGCGCUGGAUCAUCCACAUAAGGCCGCUAACGUGGUUUGGUGCCUUUUUUUCAUUUUUCGCCUUUGCCGCCCUAUUAGUCAGUAUAGGUUCGUGUUUGGGCACUUACUCAUACAUCAAAUACAUCCUAAAGCAUAACUAUAGUGAUUACGGUAUUUCAAUGAGCAUUGGUAGGAACUACCAGGGUUUGAUGUGGGGGGCUGUCGUUGGAGCAUUACUGAAUUUCAUUCUAUGGUGUAGCGUGAGAUCGAGGCCCACCGUCAUCUAUGCGAACGCUCCAAUUGAGGAAAAACCAUUGAUUUGA